AUGUUGCGAGCCAAAUUGGUAUCAUCGGCACUUGUUGAUUCCCUUGGUCUCUCUCCUUUGUUAAGAGCAAGGUAUUCUUUGAUGGAGGGAGAUCAACUGGGUUCUAAUUACUCUUUUCCUCCUGGCUUCAGAUUCCACCCUUCUGAUGAAGAACUCAUAGUUCAUUACUUGCAAAACAAAAUCAGUUCACGUCCACUUCCAGCAUCUAUUAUAGCUGAAAUAGAUCUCUAUAAGUAUAACCCGUGGGAGCUACCCAAUAAGUCUUUGUUUGGAGACGAAGAGUGGUAUUUCUUCAGCCCAAGAGACAGAAAGUACCCUAAUGGAUUGAGGCCAAACAGGGCAGCAGCAUCGGGAUACUGGAAGGCAACAGGAACUGACAAGCCAAUUCUUUCUUCUAGUGGAUCAAAGCGCAUAGGAGUGAAGAAAGCUCUGGUGUUUUACUCAGGUAGACCUCCUAAGGGAGCUAAGACGGAUUGGAUCAUGAAUGAAUAUAGAUUGAUUGAAACAACCACCAAAUCCUCUCGGCUAAAAGGUUCCAUGCGGUUGGAUGACUGGGUACUAUGCCGGGUUCGACAUAAAGGCUACUCUUCGAAGAUGUCAUGUGAAAAUCAAGAGAAUCCUAGUGAAUUAAACUUGUCAGCAAAACUACCAAGGAGUGAAGAAUAUCCUACAAACAUGAACUGUCGGGCUGACAUGAUAACUGACUAUCAAUACAAAGACUAUCAGAUCAUAGCUUCUAUUCUUGUUGGUGCGCCAGUACCUCCCACUGCAAACAUGCCAAAUAUGAGCUUCAAGGGCUGCAAAGCCACCAAUCUAGUUUCAGUUUAUGAAGAUAGUUUCACUAAAGUGAAUUCUCAAAUGACAAUUCCUUCUUUGGACAGUUACUUCAACCCACUGACAAGAAAAUCUAAUGAAGAUGAACAGUUUGGAAAUCUCAUUUCUUUUAACAGGAAGUUCAACACUGAGAACAAAAUGGACGAAUCUUCUAGCAAGGUCUUGACAAGUAGAGAAGUGAACUGCUAUAACCAAAACCAGUCUGAAGAUGACAUUUUCAGUGGCAACUCACCAGAUACUGGCAUCAAUUUUCAAGAGCUAAAUGAAUUAGCCUUUACAGGAAGGUACUCUCAGUGA